AUGGCGUCAUCCGAAGCUGCAGGAGGUCGGAAAGUCUUCGAAUCCAUCUGCGGUCCUCCCAAGGGCAAAUUUUUGGAGACCACUCAUGGAACUACCCACUACGUUCUAGAAACCAGUGCCAACAAAUCGAAUGACAGUCCCUUGGUGGUCCUGCUUCACGGCAUUGCUGGAAAUCUGGGUCUAUUCGACAAGAUUGCCGCCGAUCUGCUGGAAAAAGGCGACGCGGGGCAAGUCUUGCGCUACGAUCUCUACGACAGAGGGUACAGUGAAUCCAACAUGGAAGAAUACCCCAUUGUCACGACAGGAGUUCAUCCUCUCGAUUUUACCCUCGAGCUGCACGUGCAACAACUCAAGGAUGUUCUCGAAAAAUUGGAACUGGCCAACCACAAAAAGAUUAUUCUCUGUGGUCAUUCCACGGGUGGUGCCGCUAUCAUUGGGUAUGCUGCAGAAAAUCCCGACAAUAUCGCCGGCAUGAUCUUGAUCGAUUCGGUGGGCCUUCCCAUUAGUUCGCCCCUCGUUGCCAAACUGGCCAAUUUGCCCAUCCUGGGGACCUUUUUGGUACGAGCCUUUGGCGUCAAGGGAUUUCUCAAAUUUGCUCGUCAGUCAUUGGCGCAGCCGGAUGAAAUGCAAGAGUACUUGGGAACACUCGAGCGCAACGCCAAUGCCAAUCCAAGAUUUUUUGCCGCUAUUCGAUCCACCAAUAACAAAUGCAAAGGCUUUGGGGGGACUACCGCCGAACCAGAAUACCGACAAUGCUGUCAAGCCAAAAUUCCAAUGCACCUGAUUUGGGGCAAGGAAGAUAAGGCUGUACCGUACACGAAUUGUUGUAAAAUGAAGGCCAUUGCCGAAGAACUAGGAACGCAAGUGACGGAAACGAGUUUUGAUGGAAUGCCACACAACAUCUUCUUCUCGGAUGCCAAGCCAGUGGAAUGUGCCAAAUUGAUCUGCGACUUUGUGGCCGCGAAGAAGUGA